AUUGGCUUUCCCAAAGAGAAAUACAUUUCCACCCCUAGAUCGAAUCGGUUAUGCGCCCCUGGCCGGAGCUGGGUAGCCGAUGAAAUAACGAAAUGGGUUGCGGACACGCGUCUGCGCCCUAGAGCCUUCACGGGGCUCCGGCUGCGGCCAGUCCUGGUAGCGCAGUCCCCGUAAAAGGACGUCGUGGCGCCCGAGGUCGGUCCGCGACAAUCGGUCUUUCGUGCCACGAGUUUUUUGGUUUCGGAUCGGAGGGAUGGAAUAUCUGGAUAUCGGCCAACAUAUCGACAUCAGCGUUGUCUGUGGGCGAGCGUAAUGGCUCUAAUCGGACGAAAAUAAUCAUUGGACAAACGCAACCGGUUGACAUGAGAGUGUCGAAGGUGUUUUCCGCUGAUUUUCCGGACGUCCGACUCAGCUGAUUUUCCGACACGUGGCCAAUUUUGACGUGACAUGGCCGACCACGAUCCCUUUGACGACGAAUUGGUGUCGAGCAACACGACGCAGCGCAACUGGCGCGGCAUCCUCAUCGCCCUGCUGGUGAUCGUGGUGGUGUUGGCGCUGAUCGUGACGUCGGUGGUGCUGCUGACGCCGCCCGACGACGGGCCGCGCGUCAAGGGCGCCCGCUUCUCGCUGCACGACGUCCUCGGCCACGACUUCCAGCCGUUGCGGUUCAACGGCACCUGGGUCUCAGACAAUGAGCUGAUCCUCAAAGACCACUGGGGAGGUAUAAGCAUCUUGAACGCUCACAAUCUAUCUAUGAGAACGCUCAUGUCCAAUCACACCUACUUGCGUUUGAACCCCUCGAGAUAUCAACUGUCACCGGACCAGCGGUACCUGUUGCUGGCCGUGAACGUGCAGAAACUGUUCAGGCAUUCCUAUUUGGCGCAGUACGUCAUCUACGACAUCCAAACAGGCAAUGAUUUUCCACUGCGACCGAUGCCAGAAGAAGAAAACCACCCGUUCCUGCUGCUGGCCCAAUGGGCGCCGAAAGGCAAGGGCCUAAUCAUGGUGCAGGACUACAACAUCUACUACAGGAAGAGUCCCAAUUCGCACACGGGAUACAUGAUCACCAACACCGCUGUACCGGGUGUUGUGAGUCACGGGGUGCCGGAUUGGUUGUACGAAGAGGAAAUCCUGGGUACGAACACGGCCAUCUGGAUGUCCAUGGACGGGCUGAUGGUGGUGUUCGCCACCUUCGAUGACUCCCUGGUGGAGGAAAUCCGCUUCCCUUGGUACGGCGCCGACCGUCUGUACCCCGACGUCAGAUCCUUGCGGUACCCCAAGCCGGGCACCAGGAACCCCAUCGUCACGCUGACGGUGGCCGAUUUGGCCGAUACGUCGAACGUGAAGAAGAAGCGCGUGCUACCUCCUCCAGUUCUAGCCAGAAGCGAUCAUUACUUCACGUCAGUAUCUUGGAUCAGUUCGACAGAGAUAUCAGUGGUGUGGCUGAACCGUCCUCAGAACUUAUCUGUGAUAACGAUAUGCUCCACUCCGAAAUGGGACUGUCGAGAGACACAACGUAUCAGUGGCGAAGGAUUGGGAUGGGUCGAUCCCGGCGACAGUCCCGUCUUCGGCCCGAACGGCGACACUUCGAACUACGUGACAGUGGCGCCGGUGCGGGACGGUCCGGCGGGCAGCUACCGGCACGCCGUCGCAGUGAACAUACCGAAGAGAAGGGCGGUACCGCUGACGCACGGCCGGUACGACGUGGCGAGGAUACUGGCUUGGGACCACGCCAAUGACGUCAUAUAUUUUCUGGGUAUUCCCGAAGGCAAGCCGGGCCAGCUGCACCUGUUCAGAGUGACGUCGGUGCCGCCACGGACGGGCGCUUCGCUGCCCCCGCCCGUCUGUCUCACCUGCGUCGAGGAGCCCAAGCCGACGGCCGACCCCUUCGUCACGCUCGACGAGAACGUUUAUAGGGUGAAAUCAACGGACUGGGAGGACGAAGACGACGAGCACGUAGCCACGACAGCGGCGCCGCGACGCAACCGGCGUCGCAAGCACCCGCCGGUGCCCAAGGAGCCCCCCUGCCAGUACCACAACGCCCACUUCAGCCCGACCGCCGCCUACUACGUGCUGGAGUGUCUGGGGCCCGGCGUGCCCACCAGCGCCCUCUACCGGACGGCGAUGCCGGCGCCGCGACGCGCGAUGUGGCUGCAGAAUAAUACGGCGCUAAGGGAGAGGGUGGCCAGCAUGGCGGUGCCGCAGGUCAGGACGUUUCCCGUGCAGAUUUCCGGGGGAUACAACGCGCAGGUCCGUCUCCAUCUGCCCCCCGGCCUGCGCGAGGACGAAAUCACGCGCUACCCUCUAGUCGUGCAAGUGUACGGCGGUCCUGGCUCCCAAUUGGUCACCGACAGAUGGCGCGUCGACUGGACCACCUACCUGGCCUCGCACGAGGACUUCGUAGUGGCGCAAAUAGACGGUAGAGGGACUGGGGGGCAGGGCCACCGCGUCAUGCACGAGGUGUUCAGGAGGUUGGGGAAGGUCGAGGUGGCCGAUCAACUCGAAGUUACGGAGUAUUUGAGGGAUACUCAACAUUUCAUCGACAAACGCAGGGUGGCAGUUUGGGGAUGGAGUUACGGGGGGUUUGUAGCCACAAUGGCGUUGGCAAGCCCCAAAAAAGUUUUCCAGUGUGCCAUAGCCGUUUCCCCUGUCACCAACUGGAAAUUAUACGAUUCUGCGUAUACGGAACGCUUCAUGGGCCUGCCCAACGUAACCGACAACUACAAGGGUUACGAGGAGGCGGACAUCAGCCGGCAGGCGUACCAGCUCAAGGACAAAAUGUUCUACCUCAUCCACGGCACCGCGGACGACAACGUCCAUCUGCAGCAGUCGAUGGCGCUGGUAAAGGCCCUCGCCGAGGCUGGCACCCUCUUCCGGCAACAGGUGUAUCCAGACGAGAACCACAGUUUGGGUGGGGUUAAAAGACAUCUCUACGAGAGCAUGGGACACUUUCUGAGCGACUGUUACAGAAAGCAGAUCCCGCCCGAAUUCAAAGCAGGUCUCAGAGAUAACACCGAAGACGAGUGAUGGGAACGCGAGUAAAUCGAAAAAAUCGAACACCGUUUCGUGUUGUACGGGAUUUCAGGUAACCAAAUUAAAAUGUUUCUGAAUCUUUAAAACCGUGUUUUUGCUCUGAAGUGAAUGGAAAGGGAUUUUAGUAGAGCUUGACAAAGAGCAAAAAUCAUAAUGAACUUUUAUCUUAUAAAAGUUCAACUUCCUUUUCCCGAUUUCCCCGAAUUCUUUUCUUCAUAUUUUCCCCUCAAAUUUUAAAUAACAUUUUGACUUGUUGAAUAAAAAUUCUGAUGAAAUAAAUUAAUACAAUUAUAU